AUGGCGUCAAACUACCAGAACUUGAGCAGCUACGGCAAAUCUGAAGUCGACAGCCACCACCAAAACGACCCUCUGAACCUCAACGAGUACGUCAUGCCCGAUGGCCGCAACCCGCGCCUCGACGCCCUUUUGCACGCGGCGCAGUCGCCCUCGACCGUCUCCAAUUCCGGGUCGCCGAUCAUACCCGGCUUUGCCGACUACAACAAUAUGAACAUGCCGCACGGCCUCCCUACCAAUGCGGAUGCGUCGCUGAAUCAUGCGCCUUACGCUAGAGGCCCGGACGGCCAGAACUCUGCCUCCAACGGGCAAUCGCACAACCUCAGCAUGAGCAAUCUUGGCGCUUACAACCAGAAUGGCGCGAUUCCGAGCGCCGGGAGCGUCGAUGGCAUGGAUACGGACACCAGUCCUCAGAGUGGAUACGGAAUGGGGCCUUCGGGUUUUGGAGAUGACUUUGGACGAGACGAUGGCUCGACGAACAUGAGUGUCGCAGGCGAAGCGUCCGUCACGGACAAGACCGGCGACGAGAAUUCCAGAGCCAGAAGGGACGACAAGGGAGGUCCGCCACCACCAUGGAGCGAGAUGAAGACCAAAGCCGGCAAGGAGCGGAAACGGUUGCCGCUUGCCUGUAUUGCGUGUAGGCGGAAAAAAAUCCGAUGUUCUGGAGAAAAGCCGGCCUGCAAGCAUUGCUUGCGUUCGAGAAUACCUUGCGUGUACAAGGUCACCACGCGUAAGGCUGCUCCUAGGACAGAUUACAUGGCGAUGCUAGACAAACGACUUAAGAGAAUGGAGGAACGCGUCAUCAAGUUGAUACCGAAGGAGAGUCUUGCGUCUGUCGCUUCGGUAGGAAGGGCAGUCGUGAAGCCCCAACUUCCAGGUCCACCUCCGAGAACUCCAGGGAAAAAGCGUCCGGCCGAGGAAGCCUUUGGCGCGGAAUUGGAUGAGUGGUCAAAAUCAAAGGCGACAAACCCGAAUGGACCAGCACCCCCAGGUCAAUCCAAACCCGAGGCCGAGGAGAAUAGUCUUCUCAAUGAAGGAUCCGAGAGCUUGCCAUCAAGGGAGAUUCAGGAACACCUUGCGGAGGUAUAUUUUGAUUAUGUUUACGGACAAAGCUAUCCGCUGCUCCACAAGCCUAGCUUCAUGCGUAGAUUGAACGCGGGACAGGUACCGCCAGUCUUGGUUCUCGCAGUCUGCGCCAUAUCCGCUCGGUUCUCGACACAUCCGCAGGUCCGCACGGAACCGGCUUUCCUGAGAGGCGAAAACUGGGCCAGCAAAGCAAGAGACAUUGCGCUGAAGCGAUUUGAUAUCCCAAACAUUACCAUACUCAUCACUUACCUUAUUUUGGGGUUGCAUGAAUUCGGCACUUGUCAAGGUGGCCGCAGCUGGAUGUUUGGAGGCAUGGCGCAGAGGAUGGCAUAUGCCUUGCAAUUACACAAAGACCUCGAACACGAUCCGCUAGGGAAAGAGAAGGGAGAUAGGGCCGAGCUAAGCUUCACCGAUAGGGAGAUCAGGCGACGCACCAUGUGGUCCUGUUUUCUUAUGGAUCGCUUCAACUCUUCCGGAACCGACCGACCUUUAUUUGUAAAUGGGCAGUUCAUACAGGUGCAACUGCCGAUACGAGAACAUUACUUCCAGAUGGAGAUACCCGGCCCUACAGAGGACCUCGAAGGCCGCGUCCGUAACCCAGUAAGCGAAGACGAUGGGCAACUGUCAAACGCGAAAGAGAACAUGGGUGUCAUAGCUUAUCUGGUACGAGCAGUGUCCAUCUGGGGGCGACUGGUAAACUUCAACAAUUUAGGAGGGAAAGAACAGGAAGCCGAACCCAUUUGGUCGUCGAGCUCAACUUUCCAGCAGCUCAAGGAGCAGGUGAAUGAGUUUAAAUCGUCACUCCCGGAAUGGCUGCACUACACGCCUGAAAACCUACAAAACCACGCCACGGAGAAGACUGCGAACCAGUUUAUUUUCCUUCACGUCGUAUACUACCAGAUUGUUUUGUUUCUCUACCGUUUUGCGCUGCCCUCGUCGGCCGGCACUCGGACGCCGCCAGACAUGCCUCACCAGUUUCUUGACGAUGCGGCCCGGUCGGCGAUGGAGGCGGCUGAUCAGAUUUCUAUCCUUGUGAACGAGGCCAUGAACUAUAAUGUCGUGGUCCCGUUCGCCGGCUACUCUGCCUUCCUCUCCAGCACCGUACAUAUCCGGGGUGUGUUUUCCAAGAAUCCAAAACUGGAGACGACGUCUAAACGCUACCUGGCCUACAACGUCAAGUUCCUCAGCAGAAUGAAGAAAUACUGGGGGAUGUUCCACUUUGUUGCCGAAAACCUAAAAGACCUUUACCGACAGCACGCGGAUGCGGCUCUGCGCGGUCCUUCAGCCACUGACGGUCGUCAAGCCAACAUUUUCCAGUACGGCGACUGGUUUGACAGGUACCCCCACGGCGUCUCACGCACAGACUUUGAAGAUCCCGCAUCGGACGUCAAGAAAGAGCCGGGAACGGAUGCAGUCCUAGGACAGAAAUCGGACCUCCAAAGCGUGGAGGAAUUCUUCGCCAGCCUGUCCCCGCCCGCAAAGACAGGCGAAGCAUCAGGCAAGCGCGCGACCAAGAAGAGCAGAGCCAAAGCGGGCUCGGGCCAGCUGGACGGCAAACAGCAAGCGCAACUGGCGUCCGACAUGUCCUCUAACCAAGCCCAGCACAUGCAGCAGCAGCAGCAACAGCAACAGCAAAUGAGCCAGCAACAGCAAAUGAGCCAGCAACAGCAGCAAAUGAACGCGCUCGACCUCUCCAACCCUGCCCUCGACCCCAGCAACCCCUUCAACCCGCAAAGCUUCGUCACGCACACGCCAGGCGGGACGUCGCACCACGCAUACAACCCGAGCGACUUCGCCGCCGCACCCGACUUCAGCACCCUGCAGCACCCCAUGUCGGCGCUGGACCGGCAGAUGGUGCUGCAGUCGUACGCGACAUUCAUGGACCGCAACGAGCCAUUCGCGCUCGACGUCAACGCCUUCAACAGCCUGCACAACAAUAAUAACAACAACGGCGGCGGUGGCGGGCAGGGCGUCAACCCUAACAAUGCCGGAGGUGCGGGCGCGGUGCACCACCACCCCUCGACGUUCUUCCACGACCCCAGCGCCGCUUGGUUCAUGCCGUUUAAUAUGGAUCCGCCGACGUGCUUGGGCGACGACCCGGGCAUUUUCGGCGCCGCGGGCGGCGCGGCGCAUGCUGUGUACGGCGGGUUUGGGUUCGAGGAAGCUCUGGUGCGGGUGGGGCUGGGGGUGCGGAGUUUGGUCUGCUGGAGGUGGGGCAGGGGCAGGAGCAGGGACGCGGUGGUGCUGGGUGAUGGAUGAUGGGUAUAGUAUAGACGGGGCUACAUAUGGGUGAGGUACGGUACGGUGCGGUACGGCAUAUACAUUCAGAUAUACAUUCAGACAUACAUACAUAUGAGACGGAACGGAACAGAACGGAACAGGAUGAACGACGAGUUAUCUACUUAGGUAUUUAUUUGUAGCUAGUUAGGUAGCUGAUGGAGAGG